AUGACUUCACUUCAAGAAUUGGAAUCUCGUCAUCAACAAGAAAUCAAACAACUCGAAGAGGAAAGGGAAGCGGAAUUACAAAAGCUCUCCGGAGCUGCAAAGAAAAAGUAUGAAAACAAAUGGAAGGAACGUAUGCAACAAUUGAAACAAACUCAUGAAACCGAGUUGUGGGAGGCUAAAAUGUCCAGUGCGGUUGAUGAGGAGGAAUCAUCAUCGGAACCUCAUGAUGAAAAGGUUAAUGGAGGAUCUACUUCUUCAAAACUAUCUGCUCAAGCAAAAAAAGAAGAGGAAGAGAAAAAGAAAGCUGAGCAACGAAAACAGAAAAACGCCAAGAAGAAACAAAAGAAAGUUCAAAAGCAACAAGAACAACGAUUACAAGCAGAACAAGAGUUUUUAAAUGAUGGAGGAGUAUCUCAGAGGGAUAUAGAAAUUCAGAGAAUUCAACAAUAUUUUGAAAAUAAUUGGUGUAUUCAUGAGAUUGAUUCCGAUGGUCAUUGUUUGUAUAGAUCUCUUGCGGAUCAAUUGAAUAUUAAUUUAAAAGAUACCACAAAUCCAUUUACAAAGGAUUUGUUAAUACGUGCAAAUAACGAACUCUCAGAGAAAAAUAAGAGAGAACUGAAGAAUUUAUCGUCAAGCACAGGAUUUACAUAUCUUCACUUGAGAAGUUUAAUUGCAAAUCAAUUGAGAAGAAAAGCAGAUGAUUAUUUUCCAUUUGUUAUGGAUGUAUGUGAAACAAUGGAUCAAUAUGCAGACACAGUGGAACAUAGUAGUGAGUGGGGAGGUCAAGUAGAAAUUCAAGCCUUUCUCGAUUUGUGUCAGGACCAGUUUGUUUUGAAAAUUGUUCAAGACAAUGGUAUUGUCACAAUGGGAAGUAAUUCGAAAUCACAAACACCAGAACAAUCCAACUUGAUUGUGACCUAUCACAAGAAGUAUUAUGCUCUCGGUGAGCAUUACAAUAGUAUUCGAAUGGCUACUCCUGUCUCUGCUGAAUAA